UACCCAACAUGCGCUUACUCGCGACUGAUGCAAUCGCUGCGCUCUGAGCCGCCAUGGCGACUGACCGCUUGCUUGAGCACGUGCCCCUUUGGGCACAGCGCAGCAGCUCAGAGCUGGCGCUGGCACGGAGGCAGUGCAUGGAGCUGGCUUUGCGCCUGGCCGAAGCGGCCGAAGGCGACGAUGUCAUAAACUUCAUGGUGCAGUUCGGCCUAAGCACUUGCAUAGAUGCCCGUGCUGCAGUGACGCUCUUCCAGAUGCUGCGGGAAGCUGCACGCAAAGGUGGGCAACGCUUCACUGUGGAGGAUGUGGAUGCCAGCGAGCAUGCUUGCCUUGCUGCGCUGGCCGACCGAAAGCUCCGGAGCCGAACGAGGCAAGCUGCAAGCUCCGAUGAAGGCGAGCUCUCAGAAGACGAGCUGUCCGGAGAGGAGGCCCCAGAUGUGGAGCCCCGGCUGCGCGUGACACCUGAGCUGCUGGCUGAUCUGGGUGCCGAGCUCACCGCAGAGGAGCUGGCCGCAGACCAGUACCCCUCGCACCUGUGGGCGGCAGAUUCACCGCACUUGGUGCCAGGAGGCUGCGGCUUCAACGCCAGGGCCGCACGCGUGAUGCGACGAGCAGGGUUGGGCUCCGAACAGGCAGGCAGCUGCCCCCUGCAGCCGCACCAGGAGGUCGUCCGCUUCCUGGUGCACCCCAAGGCUCCAGUGCAAAGGUUGCUGGUAGAUCAUCCGACGGGCUCUGGCAAGACCAGGGAGAUGAUCAGCAUUUUGGACAACUUCUUCUACGAUCCCCGCCCCAAGGUAGUCAUCUUCCCCAAGGCUGCAAUUUGUCGCAACUUCUACCUGGAACUGCUUCGCUGGCCCAGCCGCUACCGGGACUACUUCAGCUGCGAGCGACCACAAGCGGCUGCGCAGGCAUCUGGCAGGGAGCACUGGCACCACGCGCGGGCAGAAAUGUGGGACUUGACCAGGCUGCCUGAGUUGGAGGUCCGGCAGCUCUGCCAAGCUGCACGGGAGGUGCUGGAGAUGAAAGGCCAGUCCUUCCGAGGUCAGAUGCGGAAAUCCUUCAGAGCUGAGUUCCGGGCCCGGCACCCGGGAGAGCCCAUGCCCUUUGCGCCGCUUCGGGCCAUCAGCUAUGCCUCUGCUGGCGGCAGCUAUGCUGCACUGCGCCACGGUCAGCCCGUGUCAGCUGUCAUGAAAAUCGCUUGGCGGUUUUCGGAGAACGCCUUGGAUCACAAGAUCCUGGUGCUGGACGAGGCCCACCAGUUGCUGGGCCGCGGCCGCUACGCAGCGCAGCUGGCGGGGCUACGGCGGUGCCUGGAUGCUGCGCACACGGUGGUGGUGGGGUUCACUGGGACUCUGGCGCUGGACGAGCCGGAGGAAGGCCGGCAGCUGCUGGACAUAGUCAAAGGCAAAGCCGCCAGUGAUGAAGGAUUUCUAACCUCCUUCAAGUGCCGACCGCCGCAUCUUUUUGCAGAAGCACUGCCGCGGGGCGUACCCGAUGUGCUGAGCCCAGCAGUUCAAGAGCAGCUCGUGCAUUGCGUCCAGCUGGUGGGGGAAAGCUUAAACGUCUAUGACUUGAAGCGCGAGAAGGGCUUGCCUCAUCACCGGCUUGCCGCCUACUGCAACGUCAGCACAUUUGUGUCAAGCUUCCAUGACGGCAUCUCUGGCUCCAAGGAUCGAGUCCUAGCGUGUCCGGAGGAGACGUGCCCCAAGCUCUGGGCCGUGAGUUCUGCGGUGGCCAAGUCAUCGGCAAAGGCGCUGGUACUCACCGCCCGCGCCUGCGGGUUCCGAGUAGUGCUCGAGUUGCUGCGCCGCAAGGCCCGCGAGGCCGAGCCGCCCUUCCAGGUGGCAACCAUGAACGAGCUCUCCAGCUUCAACCACAUCUCCAACGCCCAGGGCAGCUGCUACCGCGUGCUGGUGGCCAAUGCUGCGGAGUGCUCUGAGGGCAUCAGCUUUUUGGCGGUUCGGCACGUGUACCUCACGGAAGUGCCCCGGUCCCAUGGCCGCUUCAUCCAGAUCUGCGGUAGGGCGCUGAGGAUGUUCGGGCACCACUGCCUGCCGCAGGCGGAGAGGUCUGUGACGUACCAUUUAUUCCUGGCCACGCUCCCUUCGUGGAUUUGCACGCCACUGGCUGCCUGGGCAUUCCGAGCUCAGCCACGUCGCGGGUACCGGGCUGGGCACAGCACGGAAGAGUGGGCCCGGGAGCUUUUCAGGAAGCUGCAGAAGCGCAAUGUUGCCACGCUGGAGGACCUGCAAGCGAGAAUCAGUGCGGUGAAAGCUGGACAUCCAGAGGAGGCUUUGUUCGCUUUUGCCCACGAGCUGGAGAACUCAAACGAGCGGUGCAGAACCGCGGCCCUGGUGCAGGCCCUGAAAAACCUGCAGAAUUUGGAGAAGGAAUCUUUGUCCACAGCCACUUGCGACCAGCAGGGGCUGCUCCAGCUGAUGAAAAGCGCCGAGCUGAGCCACUGCUCAGUGCGGCGGCACGCGCUGGACGCAGCGUGUGUCCAAACCGACCAGCUGGAUGGGGCGCUGACUGCAAGGCGCCGGUUGCGCUGCAAGACCCGGAUUUCGCUUCCUUCCGAGCGGCCUGCUGCCGGGCGCUUGCCAAGCCAGAUGGAUGCACCGCCAAUGCCAGGCGGCCGGGCCAAGCGGCCACGACAAAGCUGAGUUGCGCAUGUCCCUAGAGUUAGGAGUGCGGGCUCGGCAUGUACAGCACGGUGCCGUCCAGCAUGCCUUAGAAAGUCCUCAACCUGCCUCGGGUACUGUAAUUCAUGCUGUUUUGAGCGUUUUACAUCGGGGGGUCACCUGUCCAUGCACUUGCCGCUGCACGGAUCUUUGGUGAAUAGCAUUUAGCCAGAUGGCUUGGUCGCUCCGCCCAUAACGGGGGAACAAUGGGCAGCGC